AUGUUUACGGAUAACACACCACUGCCCGUGUUAUCCCGCUGCGGGGGCAUAGAGGCACGCCGUGACGCACCCGCGACACAAACCCCACUAAGCUCCGCGAGCCCAAAUACGAUGGAGGUGGUGCACAGUUUGGUCCACACCGCAGGUACGCUGGAAAAUCAUGAGAAGAGUAAGAGGGCUGCCGCCGUGCGGUGGACGUCGCCGCUCCUCAACACCGCCGUCAUGGUGAAUGAGGCUGUCGUGAAGCCUCAGGUGGGAAAACAAUGCAUGAAGUUUCCAUGUGAAACACGACCUCCACCCACAACUUCGCCGUCCACCGUUGUUAACGCAUUGGUUGACACAGCCACUACCGCGGCAGCACGAGACAGCCCCCUUUCCCUUGAGAGUCUUCUUCGUGAGUCGCAGCAACAGCUUUCGGAACUGCUAUGGCACAAGCGGCGCUGCCGCACACUCCAAGCGGCGCUGGAUGCCUCAGUGGAGCGUCAAAAGGUACUUGAAAAUGACCUUCUUGAGUCAAGCGCCGAGUCACAAAACGCGAGCGAGCAGCACCGCGCGUACGUUGCUGCCACGGCUGAGGAGCUGCGUUUGGCGAAGGCGGGGUUGCAAGCAAGUGAGCACGCGCUGCGUGUGAUGGAGGAUGAGGUGGGUGGGCUGCGCAGGGAGAAUGAACGUUUCCGUAAGUUGCAACAGCAGGUGGAGGCGGAGCGCACCCUGUGGCACCGCCAACAUGAUGGAAUGGAGAAGGAACUGACGCGCCUACGUGGGGAAAAGGAGUGGGUAGAGGGAGAACUCAUCACGUUCCGAGCACGUUGCGCUGAACUGGAGAAGUUGCACGCCGCGACGGAAGGAACCAUGGACACGUCUGCGGUAAGCCACCAUAAGAAAAAGGAUGGGGGCACUGCCGAUGAUUAUGAGGAGGAAGAGGAAGCAGAGGAUGAUGGUGCAAAAAAAGAUGAGGUACGUGCUGUCACAGGUCUGCAGCAGCAGGAGUUGGAGCGGCGGUAUGUGGAGAUGAUUGCUGUGAAGAAAUCCACGGAAUUGUUUCGGCAAAAUGUACAACACAUGGUUGCAAUGACGUGGAAACGAUUGAUGGCAUUGUUAGAGCGUGGCGCUCAGCUGACCUCCGCCCUCGCAGCCGACGGCAAUCAGUUGCAGCCACUGACGGAAGUGCAGAGAGAGGAUGUGCCGGACAGCGACGCUGCCCCUGCCGCCCUCGCAUCUCUUUUGCAGUGUCUGGAACAGCAGUGGAACGGCGUUGAGGAGACGGCGAGGUCAAUGCACCGUGAAUCCCAAGAACGUCAGAAGGAACUGCAGAAUCGAUUGGAUGCCAUGACAGACGCACAUGUCGUGGAACUGCAGACGAUGAAAAGUGCCACACAAGAGGCGAGCGACCAGAUACACCGCAUGGAGCUUCAGUACAUGCAGCUGCUUGGCGCCAUGAAACGACAAAGCCGCAUGGUGCUUGCCGCCACCAACACUAAUGUGCGAAAGUGUAAAGGGGUCAAGACAUCACACAAGGAGGAGGGAGAGGACGACAACUGGAACAGCACUAAUAAUAGCAACAUCAGCCUGGGAGACAACAGCGAGGGGCAGAGCGAGGAACACAUGGGAAGAAUUGUAUGUGAAGUCGACACACUUCAACCAAAUGAGUGGCACUUGGACUCGAAGGGAUGUCUGACAUGUAAGACUAUAUUGGAACCCUCCUAUGAGAGAGCGGUGUAUGCGUUGGUGCGGCGAACACACCAGGCGACGCGAAACGCGGCUCGACAACUACGCGAGGCUCGUUCAAUGCGUGACACUUUGGCUAAACUGCAGGAAGAGAAGCAGCGUCAGUCUGUGGUAAUAAAUGAGGAACGUGUGCGGCAUCAGGCUACGGUGAGGCGCUUACAAACGUCUUUAAAGUCGGCAAACGAGACAUUGUCCUCCCUACAAACACAACUUGCUGCGACCACGCGUACACGUGAGGUUGAACAGCAUGCCCUUUUGCGGCGUGUGGAGGCAGCGGAACGGGAUGUGCAGGCCAAGUUGAGGCAGGAACGGCAGCUUCAUAAGCAACUACGAGAGGUACACGAAAAAUAUGAGGCGGCAAAGCAGGAGGCGGCUGCGCGGAGUGAUAUAAUUGCCGAACUCAACACAAAGCUCGCCGCACACCAGGAUGCAACACGUGAGGAACAAUUUGAUUUGAAUACACUGCGCAGUCGAUGCGGCGAUUUGGUUCGCAUGACAGAUGUCCUUGAGACACAGAUGCAGCGCGAGGUACGGAAUCAAGAUUCCCUCUAUGAGCUCUCAAGGAAGCUGUGUUCCGCGGUGGCUUUAUUGGCGAUGCGGCUGGGUACCAUAGCGGCUGAACGGUUUGCUCUUUGGCGUGCCUAUGAAGCGCAAGAAGCCGAUUCUCGUGCCGCCAUUCAAGUGAUUCAGAAAUUUAUAAAGGAGGAGGAGAAUAGGGAGGAGACGAUGUUGGAUUUGCAUGAGAUGGACCGGGUGCUACACUUGCACCAUGGACACUCAUUGUAUGCGAUUGUAACUGUUGUGAUAGCAUGUGGUCGUAUGCGACAUCUCGUGCCUUCUCGUUCCAACAAGCGUUGUGUUGUGUUUGCUGUCAACAAUGAAAACAGUGAGCAUGACAGGAAGCAGUACAGUGAUCAAGAUUUUACUGGUAGGGCACAACCUCCCUCGUGGCGAAUGUUGCCUUCCAACAAUAUUCUUCGUCUUGUAGAGUCGGUGCCGAGUGUGUCUGCCGCGCUUCGGGGGCAAUCUGGGGGCAGGAAAAUGCCAUUUGUGCAGCUUCCACCGCUGAAGACCCUUCUUGGCGCUAUUGCGCCUCAUGCUAGAAGCGGUACGGUGGGAUACGAGGAAACUUAUGCUUUGGAGCAAGCAUUGGCCCUUGCGGAGUUGGAUGCCAACGUGGAGGUUAAUCACGUCUAUUUUGGAGCUAAUCUCUCACCGGGUUUGACUGCUGCUGGGGCUGGUGGUCCCCUGAGACGUCGAAUUUUAUCACGCGUGACUCCUCACGACACACAUUGUCGUGGAACGCUCGCACAGACGCUUCAUAUCGUUCUGGGUUCCAUGCGUGACACCUUUGUGGAUUUGCGUAAGAGGAUGCGUCAGCAGGAUAUAUCUAUUCAGUUGGCAGAGAAGGAGGGCCAUCAGCUGCGCCGCAUAGCCCAGGAACGCGAGGGAGUCGCCACUGGAUUUGCACAAAAGCUUCGCGAGUAUGAGAGACAUGUUGCGAGUUCUUUCAUUGCCCGUGAUGUUUAUCAGCAGCUAGCAGGAGCGCCUACGUGCGGCUCAUGA